CACCCAGCGACGAGGCAGGAAGAGCGCAGCGGAGACCAGUGAACAACAAGCCGAAGGGAGGACGAUAUCAACCACCUAGCGUGUGAAUGGAGCAGUGUGCGAGCACCGCCUCUCUCCUGGCCUCCGUGCGGGAGCAGGAGAGGCAGUUUGAGAUGCUGAGCCGCGCCUUGGAGGACGAGCGCAGGUCGUGCGCGGGCACCCUGCCACGCCCCCUCCCCCCCGCCAUGCAGAACGGCCGUCUACCCUGUGAUGCGGACAUAGAGAGGCUCACUCUGAACGAGAGUUACAUCAACGGAACACAUCACUUCAGGAUGGAGCCUGCUCAGGUGAUGCAGGAGUCGUUCACGGUGGAGGAGGACCCCCAGCAUUCUUCACCGGUGGUUUCCGUGGAGACCAAUGAAGACGGGACAACGCGGCGCACCGAAACCACGGUUAAGAAGAUGGUGAAGACAACCACCACCAGGACGGUCAUGCCCUCCGUGUCCGACACCAUGUCCCUGGACGGCGGGGGCUCGGUCACGGGCGGGGGCUACCCCCAGCCCAUGUGCUACCGGCAGCCCGCCGGGGGGCCCGACUACCCCACCUACACCGUCCCCCGGAACUACCACUACGGCCCCCCCGGGGGCGGCGGCGGCGGCGGAGGCUAUGAGGACUACCGCGGACCCCCCCCCACCGACAACUACACCAGCCUGAGCAGAGGGGCGCGCAUGGACGACCGCUACGGACCCGCCCACCAAGGAGGCUACAGGACACUGGACCCCAGCUACAGAGCGGCCAGCAGGAACCAGUUGGACCCCUACGCUGCGCAGCCUCAGGUGGGCCGUAUGGGCAGUGCGUUGGAGCUCUCCGGCAUGCAGCGGUUCGUCCCGGAGCCGUACGGCCUGGAGGACGACCAGCGCAGCAUGGGCUACGACGAGCCCGACUACGGGAUGGGCAUGCCGGCCAUCCACUACAGCACCGUGCCCCGCAACCACAACGUGUACACCCCCCAGGGACCCCCGCGCAGGACCGGGAGCUACGAGGGCCAGCUUGACGGGGCCUCCGACAUGUACUACUGGGGCCAGGGGGCCCCAAUGGCCCAGGGGGAGCGCGGCAGCAUGGCGUCCCUGGACAGCACCCUGCGGAAGGGCCCCGGUCCCGGGCCCGGGGGCUGGCGCCAGCCGGAGCUCCCGGAGGUCAUCGCCAUGCUCAACUACAGGCUGGACCCGGUCAAGAGCAACGCCGCCGCCUUCCUGCAGCACCUCACCUUCAAGAACGACAAGAUGAAGACCGAGGUGCGUCGAAUGAAGGGCAUCCCGGCUCUGGUGUCGAUGCUGGACAACCCCAACAAAGAGGUCCACCACGCGGCGUGCGGAGCGCUGAAGAACAUCUCCUACGGCCGGGACGCCGAGAACAAGAUCGCCAUCAAGAACUGCGACGGCGUUCCCGCCCUGGUGCGGCUGCUGAGGAAGACCCACGACCAGGACCUCACAGACACCAUCACCGGCACGCUGUGGAACCUGUCGUCCCACGACUCGGUGAAGAUGGAGAUCGUGGACCACGCGUUGCACGCCCUGUCCGACGAGGUGAUGGUGCCGCGCUCGGGCUGGGAGCGGAGCGCCAACGGGGCGGGCGGCGGCGAGGAGAACUGCAAGCCGCGACACCUGGAGUGGGAGACGGCGCUCACCAAUACGGCCGGCUGUCUGAGGAAUGUGAGUUCUGAGCGGAGCGAGGCCAGGAGGAAGCUGAGGGAGUGCACGGGACUGGUGGACUCGCUCAUGUACAUCGUCCAGUCGCAGAUAGAGUGUAAACAUGUGGACAACAAGUUGAUAGAGAACAGCGUGUGUCUGCUGAGGAACCUGUCCUAUCACGUGCACCGGGAGAUCCCGGGCUGCGAGCGUUACCAAGAGGCCCUGCCCAUCAACCAGGGCCCGGCCCCCAGCGCCCAGAAGGCCGGCUGCUUCAGCUCGCGCAAGGGCAAAGAGGAGUGGUUUUCCAAAGGUAAACAGGACGAAGACGGGACCGCCGACAUGAUUGACAUUCCCAAGAGGACCACUCCCGCUAAAGGCUACGAGCUGCUAUUCCAGCCAGAGGUGGUGCGGAUCUACACCUCCCUGUUGAAGGAGUCCCAGAACCCCAUCGUGCUGGAGGCUUCGGCCGGGGCGGUGCAGAACGUCUGCGCGGGGCGCUGGACUUACGGCCGGUACAUCCGCGCCCUCCUUCGCCAGGAGAAGGGUCUGCCCAUGAUGACAGAGCUGCUGGCCCACAGCAACGACCGCGUGGUGCGGGCCAUGUCCGGAGCCCUCCGCAACCUGGCCAUCGACGCCCGCAACCGGGACCUCCUAGGGAAGCACGCCGUGCCCCACCUGGUGGCCAACCUGCCGGGCGGCGGUCAGAGCCAGCCCGUGCGGGCGCUCUCGGAGGAGACGGUGGUGUCGGUGCUCAGCACGCUCCACGAGGUGCUGGGCUCCAGCCUGGAGGCGGCCAAGACCCUCAGGGCCUCUCAGGGCAUCGAGAGGCUGGUCCUCAUCAACAAGGACGGGAACCGGUCUGAGCGGGAGGUGCGCGGGGCCGGCCUGGUGCUUCAGACGGUGUGGGGCUACAAGGAGCUGCGGCGCACCCUGGAGAAGGACGGCUGGAAGAAGACGGACUUCAUGGUGAACCUGAGCCUGCCCCCCAGCGGCACGCGGCCCAACGGCUCGUACGAGGACAGCACGUUGCCGCUCAUAGAGAAAGGAGCGAAAGGGGACCCAGAGAGAGACAUGAUUCCUAUGAAUGACUUGGGACCAGACGCCUACUCCACAAUUGACCAAAGAGGGAGAAGGAAUACCCUGGACGACACACUCGGACCUGCUGAUAAAUCUGCACAGAAAAACUGAUCGUGUGCAUCACUAGACGACAGCCUCCUGCCACUUACUGCCCGUGCUAAACUAAAACAACCGUGGGACCACAGCCACUACAACCACUAUCACUACUACCACGACCACUACACUACAGACCACCGCCUAAACACCACUCCCUAAACCAGUCUCUCUCGGUGUCCCUCUUAACUUCACCCCCGUUCCGGGCACCGUCUCUCCCCCCUGUCUCCCUCCUACCUACCCUCAUCCUCCCAGUUUACAUUCCUCCGUCGAACCUGAAAGACUGACGACGUAAACCACUGAUUGAGCUCGGCCUCAAGACCGCUGGCGACUCUACUAUUCCCCCUGUGGACUUUAUGACAUUAUGACCACUUCAACUUCCUCUCCCCCCCCCAACCAUACCCCCAACCUGACCGCAAAUCCACACCCCCACUACCAAGAGCGACGCUUAGGAAGUCUAGGCUUUAUGGAGUUCAGGACAACCAAGCAUACACUACAUUUUUGCCAAAUUCAUCAAAAGGGAACUAUUUUGGAACGGCACCGAGGCAAACUUUGAAAAAUAGGUGUUAGAAAUUACUUUAAAAAAUAACAAACGCUUGUGGUGAGUUUUGGUGUUGUUAAGGUUGAUUUGUGAAACAGAUUUCUACCCCCCUCCGAUUCCGAUGUGUGCGUAUUGAGAUAUCUGUGAUGCUUCGACUUCUUCUUUGACAGUGGUUGUUUUAACUUUUUGCUUCGCAUAGUACUACAGUUAACAACAUAUUGCCAAACAAAACUGCUUCUGCUGCGAUUGUUUUUACACUAUUAUAUCCACAGGACUUUCUCUCCACACCCACACUCUUAAGUUGCAGUUACACUGAAAGACAUCUCACUCUUCAUCAUGCCUGUGGGGGAGAAAAACGUGAACUGGGUGUGAAUUCUGCAUUUUCUAAAUGUUAUUGUCAAUGAAAGACCAAAGGGGUAGAGAUGUUAAUAUUGGGAGCUUCGGAACAGCGCCCAGAUUGGAAUCUGGGUGCUGGUAAUCUGGUAAAUAAAUGUACCAGAUUGCAUAGGCCAGACACACAAUUCUCUGCCUUAUUAGAUUAGCUUGUGAAGUCUGCCCUAUGUGAUAGAUUUCUAAUGAUUUUAUAUCGCAUAAGAACUGUUCUUCUGAUUCUUGGGAGUUGUUGAAAUGAAUUUGAUUGUUCAAUGAGUGCAUUUAUUUUUUAUCUGCAGAUCUAUAUUAUGAAUGUGUAAAUACGAGACUGACGCUUAACAUAAUGUCUGCGUGGGCUAACUGGAUAUACCUCCCUGGUUCACGAAAGGGGUCGAUGGGUAUCAGUAUGUUCUGCUUCGUUGGAAGAGAGUGUGGAACUCUGUUCUAUAUUCCACGUGGUAUUGGAAUGUACAAGUCUGUUUGUUAAAGGCUGUUUUUCAAUGUCAUAGACUUCAAAAAAAAUUAAAAGAGAAUAGACAUUACACAUUGCUUGAGUUCAGUGGAACCCUUUGCCCUAGAGGGCAAGUUUGAUUCCUGGAUCUUGGCUUGUGGUAGACCACACCUUAAGCAGUACGUUGGAAAGGACGCGUUACCCUUAACGUGGGCCUGCCUGCGUUUCUUUAGUGCUGUGCCUGUUCUCUAGAGAAGAACGCAUAAUCUUAGUGUUGAGAUGUAGAUAUUGAGUGGACAAUUUAACUAAACAAAAAGCACUAGGGGGCAUAAUGUAUUUUUUUUUUCUUCGUUUUAUUUUCAUUAUGCCAAUUAAUCACUACAGAGUAAUCCCUUUUCUACACACAAAAUUGUCCCCCCUGUGUUUUAAGGGUGAACUAAGAUUGUAAUUCAAGUGCAGAUGACAGUAUGGGUGACCUGCAGGGAGGGGGAAUUAACAUUAAUUAGACUUUAUUUCAACAAAAGUAGGCGUUCACCAUCAUUUUGAUUAUUCUGCAUAUAAGAGGAUUUAGAAUAAAGCACAUUCAAACACUACAUACUAUACAAGAGAAUAUUUGCAAAUUUUGUUUUAUCUAUUGUUUUUAUACUUUGAUUUUGGUUUAAUUUUGUUGGGUGCUUUGGGUGAAUGCAUAUGCAAUCCGUUUUUAUGUUUGAUAAAAUGCAUUUGUAGUUUAUAUAUUUUAAUUAAAUACAACAAACCCUUAAAUAUAUAUAAAUAUCCAUCUUUUCUCAUUCAUCGAUUACUGUAACACUAAUCACAAGCUGAUUCUGAAAUAAACCUUAAUUUCUUUACCAUGGCCUUUAAAGUUGCACAUUUUACAUUCAAAUUGAAAUAUGUAACUCUAAAUACAUUUUUAUAUAUAAAUAAAGGAUGAUUUUUCUGAGGUUUUUGUCGGC